UUUGGGACCCUGUAGCAAAGCCUGAUCUGGGAGGAGCCAUUAUCCCAGACAGGGAUAUCUAUGGAUACCCGGAGCUCUGAGGUGACCCUUGAAGGAUCCAGGGUGACGUGAAAAGUAGGAUUUUAUAUAUUUUUUCCCCUAAUCAAUGCUUUGUCUGGAAUGGCUGGAUCCCGGCACGGAGGAGAGAGGCUGGUGGGAAGAGGAGAAGAAGGAAGAUGGAGUCAAAUGGAUGCAGCUGGAGCACCGGGGGCCCUACUUUGUGCCCCUCUACGAGCCCCUGCCCGAGGAUGUGCAGUUUUAUUAUGAUGGAAAACCCUUGAAGCUGAGCCUGGCCACGGAGGAAAUUGCCACAUUUUAUGCCAAAAUGUUGGAUCAUGAGUACACCACCAAGGAGGUCUUCCAGAACAACUUCUUCCAUGACUGGAGGAAGGAAAUGACCUCAGAGGAGCAAGAGAUAAUCAAGGACCUGGACAAAUGUGACUUCAGGGAGAUCCACAAAUAUUUUGUGGACAAAAAUGAGGCCCGGAAGGCGCUCCCCAAGGAGGAGAAGCAGAAGCUGAAGGAGGAGGCGGAUAAGAUCCAGGAGGAAUAUGGAUACUGCAUCAUGGAUGGGCACCGGGAGAAGAUUGGCAACUUCAAAACAGAACCUCCAGGGCUCUUCCGUGGCCGUGGGGAGCACCCCAAAAUGGGGAUGCUGAAGAAGAGGAUCAUGCCCGAAGAUGUCAUCAUCAACUGCAGCAGGGAUUCCAAGAUUCCCGAGCCCCCAGAAGGUCACAAGUGGAAGGAGGUGCGCUUUGACAACACGGUCACCUGGCUGGCUUCGUGGACAGAGAACAUCCAGAACACUUUGAAGUACAUCAUGCUGAAUCCCAGCUCCAAGCUGAAGGGGGAGAAGGACUGGCAGAAAUACGAGGUGGCUCGGCGCCUGAAGGAUGUUGUCCACACAAUCCGGGCUCAGUACAGGAGAGACUGGAAAUCCAAGGAGAUGAAGAAGAGGCAAAGAGCAGUGGCCCUCUACUUCAUUGAUAAGCUGGCCCUGCGAGCUGGGAACGAGAAGGAGGAAGGGGAGACGGCGGACACAGUUGGCUGCUGCUCCCUGCGUGUGGAGCACAUCCAGCUGCACCCCCAACUGGAUGGGCAGGAGCACGUGGUGGAGUUCGACUUCCUUGGGAAAGACUCCAUCCGUUACUACAACAAAGUGUCCGUGGAAAAGCAGGUGUUCAAGAACCUGCAGCUGUUCAUGAAGAACAAGGACCCCACCGACGACCUCUUUGACCAGCUCUCUACAAACUUCCUGAACAAACACCUCCAGCACCUCAUGGAUGGUUUGACCGCCAAAGUCUUCAGGACCUACAACGCUUCCAUCACCCUGCAGGAGCAGCUCAAAGCCCUCACCAACCCUGAAGACAACGUUGCAGGAAAACUCCUGUCCUACAACCGGGCCAACCGCGCCGUGGCCAUCCUGUGCAACCAUCAGAGGUCCAUACCAAAGACCUUUGCCAGGGCCAUGCAAGUCCUCCAGGAAAAGAUUGACGCCAAGAAGAAACAAGUGGAGGAAGCCCAGGAAGAGCUGAAAAAAGCUGAAGAGGAGUUUAAAGACAAAAACGAUGCCAAAGCAGAAGACAAUGUGGAGAAGAAGAAGAAGCUGUUGAAGAGGCUGGAGGAGCAAUUGGCCAAGCUGAACAUCCAGGCCACGGACAAGGAGGAGAACAAGCAAAUAGCUCUGGGCACAUCCAAGCUGAACUACCUGGAUCCCAGGAUUAGCGUGGCUUGCAAAUGCCCUGUACUGCUACACCUGCAACUGGGAACAAAGCAACUGGAGCUGCCUGAAGGCCGAGAAGUGCUCGGAGAAGGACGAGUACUGUGUCACCAAUGUGGCCUCUGUAGGAAUCGGCGUUUUGUCCCUGUGGAAGAGGAUCACCAAGAAGUGCUCCAGCACCUGCCCACACCACAACUUCCUCCUGGGACUGGUUACCUACACCUCCUACUGCUGCCAAAGCUUCCUGUGCAACCUGAGCGCGUGCCCGGGGCCCCGGCUGGCUCGCCCGUGAGGUGCUGGGGGUCCCAUUCCGUGCCCUUCUUCAGCUUCCUGAUGGAAGGAAACGGACCCUGAAGGACUGAAGAGCUUGGCUAGAUUCCCCCAGGAGGGUGUGGACAUCAGACACGAGGAACAGAUAAAGCAUUGUUGUCACCGUCUUGUCCUGUGGUGUCUCCCAACCUCCUUCUCACUUUCUUCUCAACCCUGAGCUCUCUGGCUCCAGCAUCCCCACCAGAGCUCUGAGUGCCACCUCCAGGCAUUCCUUGGAUGUCUCCAGGGAUGGGGACCCUGGCACCUCCCUGGGCAGCCCCUUCCAAUGCCUGACCACGCUUUCUGUGAAGAAAUUCUUCCUGAUGUCCAGCCUGAACCUUCCCUGGUACCACUUGAGACCUUUUCCUCUCAUCCUGUCCUUCGUUCCCUGGAGCAGAGCCUGACCCACCCCGGCUGCCCCCUCUUUUCAGGGAGUCAUGGAGAGUCAAAAGGUCCCCCCAGAGCCUCCUCUUCUCCAGGCUGAGCCCCUUUCUCAGCUCCCUCAGCUGCUCCCGGUGCUCCAGACCCUUCUCCAGCUCCAUUCCCUUCUCUGGACACGCUCCAGCCCCUCAAUGUCUGUCUUGUCGUGCUCUGUUCUGCAGCUUUGGGAGGGAGAUGCUCCUUUUGCACUUCCUGCAUCUCCAGAGGGGUUUCUCCUGGAAUUUAAUCCUACUUUGGGUUCAGUUAGAGGCACAGAGUGGAAAAUUCUGGGCAAAAAUAACAACCCCUCUUAUCCGCACAUCUGUCCCCACCUCCACUUCCAUCAUCCAUGGGAAUCCCAUCCUUCACAUUGCUUUGCUGUUGUUGGAGCCACACGACCUCACCCAGGGCCAGCAGCUCCCUGGAUUCACAAUUCCACUUGGAAUUGUGUCUUCCAGCAAUCCAUUAAUUCACCUUUUCCUCAGACAUCCUCCAAAGCAGGGUAAUCAUGGAAUAUCCUGAGUUGGAAGGGAUCCACAAAGAUCAUCCAAGUCCAGCUCCUGGUCCUGCAGGGGACAAGCCCAACAAUCCCACCCUGAGAGCUUUUUCCAAGCACUUCUGGAAUUCUGUCAGGCUUGGUGCUGUGACACCACUUCCCUGGGGAGUUCCAGUGCUCCAAGACCCUCUGGAUGAAGAACCUUCUCCUAAAAUCCAGCCAAACCUUCCCUGACACAUCUCCAGUUGUUCCCUCAGGUCCUGGGCACCAGAGAGAAGAAAUCAAUGCCUCCUCCUUCGCUUCCCCUCAAGAAAAGCAUUUGCAGCAUUUGGGUCGAGCUGCUGAGGAAGCUUGGAGAGGUUUGUUGGGAAAACAGAGACCCAGAGAGAGAAAAUAUUUGACAGAGAUGUUUCCAGAGGCUGCAGAGAAACGAGGGCAAAAAGGGGCUGGAAAAAUAAACAACGACAAGACAACAGAGGUUUUUCAUUGCCAGAUGUGCUCUGGGUGCCUCUCCUUUCUCCUAAACAACACUUUUUUGGAGGAAUUUUGCUAAUUUUGCUCUGGAAAAAUCAUGGGAGUGCUUUAAGUCGAGUCAAAGCUCCCAAAUCUGCAAAACAUUCCUCAGCCAAGGGAUGACGCUCUGUGUUGUGCUUCCAGCCCCAGCCUGGUAAACAACGGGGACAAAAGGGGCUUUGAGCUGUGCUGAGCAGGGCUGCCUGGGGCUGCAGCCUGGGGCUGAUAAGGUUAGACGAUUUCUUCCCAAAUUCUGCAGAACAGGGAAUUUUCAGGGAUGAGUCUCUCCUUUAUUAAUCAACUUCUGCUUUCCUUCACCCCCCCUACAGUGAGAAGGAAUUUUUUUCCUCUUAUUUACAGCAUGAUCUCUUUCCCACCCUCUUUGGGAAUUUUUAUUUCCCACUCUAAAGCGAUUCAAGCUCCCUCCCUUCCCUCAACCCGAAGCUCUUAAUUUACUCAUCACACAAUAUUUCCUCAUAAAAACAAAAAAAAAAACUAAGAAAAAACAAAAAAGGGAUUUGUGUGUUUUUUCUCCUGUGUGCCAGAAUUUUUCCGCUUUCUGAAAGCACUGAGGAAUCCCAGUUGGACAGACUCUAAUAAUUAAUAUUUCAUUGGGUUGGAUUUAUUCUUCCUGCAGUCGUGGAGACAGAGGCUCCCCCAGCCUGCAGGAAAACACAGUCGGGAAUUUUUAUAUUUUUUUUUGCUGCUUUAAAGCAAAACUGGCUGAGUUUUUUUGCUUGAUUUGCUGUGCCUUGGCUGCAGAAAAACUUCCU